AUGAGUGAACCCAUAAAGCAUGUAACUGUGCAUAAUUUUGAAGUACAUUCUGACAUGAGUUCACAACAAGAAUUUUUAUUUUUUGAUACAUUCUGCCACGAUGAAGAAAUCGAUGAGGUAUUACAAGUCGAUGAAAUUAAAUUUGAACAACCGGUUUAUAUUGACGAAAUAAGAGUUGUACCCCAUGGAUUUCAAGCGAAUUUAAUUGAUAAAACAUUAUCCCGUGUUGGGGCAACAAAACCGUCACCAUGUGAAUUAGAAUUUUUUGCAAAAAAUUUAAAUGCUCGUUCGAAUAGUGACCGAGUGCGAUACGGAAAACUUGGAAAAAAAGUGUUUCACGGUGAAAAUGAUAUGACUUUUUAUCCAUCAUCUUCGAUACCAAGUGAUUCAUUAGUUAUUAAAGGAAAAUAUGAUUCGGUUACAUUGGCCGUUAUUGGAGUACUAGCACGACCAAAAUCACCAAAUGAUCGUCACGAAGCUGUUAAUAAUAAAAAACAAAUUGUUGAUUUUUUACAAUCCGCUUUACCACCACAUCGUGCUCAUCCAAUGGAUACAUUACCAUUCGAUAUUCCCACAGCAAAACCACAACAACAGCAACAACAACAACAACAACAACAACAUCAACCACCUCAAGUACAAGGAACCACGGCUCCUUCUCCGCAUUCAGAUGGUGUCUGGGUUGCACCACCUGAACAACUCGGAAAUCAACAACAAAUUCAGCGACAACCGAAUCAACCAAACCAAACAUAUCAACAACGAUCAAUGCCUCAAGGCUAUGGAAGCGGUAUACAAAUGCAAAAUCGUCGCGAUGAUAUUAUUCAUCCAUCGAUCCAUGAAUAUCCUCCACCUGCUCCUCCCGCUAUUCCUGCUUCAUUGUUGUAUCAACGAGACAAUAAUCCACAAUCCUCUUCUCGUCCAUCACAAAAUUCCGAAAAUUAUCGAAUUACUCAACAAGACGAUUAUGCACGUUUGCCACCACAGCAACAAGCAAUGCCACCACCUCCUGCACCAACAUUCAGUUCUCGAAAUCAAAAUCGAUCUUAUUCUCCAUCAGACUAUCAACAGCAACAACAACGUACUGAAAAUCGUGAGCGUGAAAAACUACACGAACGCAGUGAUGAUAUAGAUGAAAAAUUAGUACCAUUAUCUAGAGUAUCCAGAAAUAAUGAGCAUCGAGGUAUUCAUCAAGAUCAUAUUAAUGAUGAUUUAAAUCAGCUGUCAAACAAUAAUAAUCCUUCAUUUCAAUCUUCUGCACCAUUUCAUAUGUCACCACCAAAUUUAUCUCAAAAGGCUGUGAUAGAAUCAGAUCAAAAAGGGCAAUUUCUUCAUCCAUCUUGUUUAACAAAUGACAAUAGACGAAAUGGAGGCGAUACUAGUGAAGUUGUAACCACGAUAACUUCUGAAGGAAUUUUAAGUGAAGCUGAAUCAUAUGAGUCAGAUGAUAAUACGUCAGAAAGUGAAGCAUCAUCCAUUCAAGGACUUUUAUUCAGUGACGAUGAACAUCAACAAUUAAAGCGUGAUGCUCUUUAUAAUCCACGUGCACCACUUCGUUUACCACAUACACCAUUUCAACUAAAGACAUUUCAUUCAUCCGUAUUGAGUUCAUAUGAAGUAGAAUGUGAAAAGUGUCAUCAUGAAAAAUAUCGUAAUGCCAAUGAAGAUUUAGUUGUUCGAUUUCGCAAAAUACUCUCACAUCAUUCGAUUGAUAAUUGUGAUUUACAUUUAUUAGAAUCAUUAGAAUCUCUAUGUAUGAUAUUACCGGUAGCAUUAGCUUGCUGUGAUAGUAUUGAAGAAACGCCUCUUCAACGAUUAACUGAAUGGACACUGAAAUUAAUCGAUUUAAACUAUAUAAUGGAUAAACAAUUUUUAGAUCGUAAAGAUACAGUAUUGAAAAUACGUUUAUUAAAAUGUGGUAUUCGUCUAUGUGGACAAUUGACAAUGUUAAAUGAAGAUUUUAAUAAUGAAUGGGUGAAAAAAGAUUUUCAAUCCAAACUGUUAGACUUAUUUGAUGAUAAUUGUAUGACACCAACUGUUCGAUUAUUAAUCAUUAAAAGUCUUGAUCAAAGUUUAUAUUUUAAAAGUGGAUUAUUAUGGUUUAUUGGUCGUCAUCCUAACUUUCCCGCUAAUGGUGAAUCAUCAUGCUAUUUUCGUCUUGUUCAAAAAUUAACAAUGACUGACGAAGCAAAACGUUUUUCUGCUGCAAUCGGUAGUUUAUUAACAAAAAUUCAUCUUAAUGAAGAAUUUUUAUCGAUUCGAACUCAUUUAAAAGGUUUACUUUCAUCAUUUAAUAUUGAAAGAUACAAAGAAGAAAUAAUUGAACAACCCAAUAUCAAUGAUGAAACGUCUAAUAGUACGAAAGAAAAAUUAGAUCAUUUAUUAGUAUCAUUAACAGCCAUAUGUGAUAUUUUAACGAAUGCUGAUGAUGUAUUGUCUCAACAAAAAUCUCGUGCCUCUCCAUUACAACCAUCAUUAUCUGUUGUUUUUUCAAAAAUUCAAAAUAGUGAAAAUCCUUGGCCAUCAAUAUUAAAAAUGAUUAUUGAUACUGAUUUUUUGAAAUCAUUAACUGUUUUAAUUCAUAUAUCAGUGUUAAAUUAUCGUCAAGAUUUAUUUAAUUGUAUUGAAGAUAUAUUAAAACAAUUUAUGUUUACAAAUGAUGGUUUAACAUUUCUAGCCAAUCAAACAUCAUUAACAAAUAGUUUAUUGAGAGCACUGUUUCUUGCCGAAACAAAAUUUUCAUCGACAAAUGCUGAAUCAUUGGGUCCUCAAGUUGUUUGUGCUUUACAAACAUUAGCCUUUGUCGAUGAAUUAAAAUUGUACAGUUUAAAUGAUAAUUUAGAAGUGGAUGAUUCAAAUGUAAUUCAAGUAUUGCAUGGUACUUUAUCUCUUAUCGUUUUUUAUCAUUAUAUUCGAAAAUUAUCAUAUAAGAAGAUAAUUGUAAGAGUAUUAGCAUUAGAUAAUAAUAUGAUGGCUAUAUUGAAAUAUUUAUCGCUCACCGGUGAUGAAGAACAAAUUGAAAAAUUAAAAUCAAGUGUACAAGUUCGUUAUAUUGGUCGAAUAUUAUACGAACUUUUAUCUACACCCGAAUCAAUUUUAUUUCUUGAACACUAUGGUUUACAAAUAUUGGAUUUAUGUGAACAACAUACCAAUCAACGUUUAUUACGUUUACGCUAUUGGUUACAACCAUUAUUAAAAAUAAAAACAUUUGAUUCAACUCAAGAGACAAUUGAUGCUGUAAUGACAGAAUUAAAAUGUCAAAUAAAUGAUACACGAACAAAUGAAUUAGCACCCGGUUUAGUCACAGUAUUGAGAAUUAUGAAGUAUCUCGUUGUACCGCCCGAUAGCCAAUUUACAAUAGGAGCCAAAGUUGAACUAAAAUACGACUAUAUGUUAGCGAAAUUUUACAGCAGCGGAGCAUAUAAUAUAUUGAUAAAUAUCCUUGAAAAAUAUUCUGAUUCAUUACUUCCUACGUGGCAAGUUGGUUUUCCUGCACCACAACCUGAUCGGGUUAUUAUUUAUGGGGCAAUUAUUCCAGCGUUGAUCAUUCUCAAAGUGAUGUUACAAAAAUUAAUUUUAGGAAGAAUGGCUAAGUUUCUUGAUAUUACACCCAUAAAAGCAUUAUUUUCCGUUUAUACUGUUACAUUAUGUGCUGCACCAUCCACAGAAUUGUCUGAUCUUGAUACAAUACGUUCAAAUUUAAUUGAUUCGUUUAUGGCUUACACUUGGUCAUUACCAGAGAGUUCAGAUACAGAAGAUGCGUUAAAUAAGAGUGCAUGGAUUAUUGUUCUGCGUGAAAUAUUACGUUUAACAAAACAAUCUCCAUAUACGUUAACGAGUGGGAUAUGUCUAUUAACCGAACUAUUACCAAUUCCACUACCUCAUACCGUUAGACAGCCACUAAGCGAGCAUGAAUGUUCAAGGAUUUUAGACGAUUAUUCACGUUUUCAUAAUGUUUACUAUUGUUUAAUAAUAAGUGAAUCGUCUAAUCUUCAAGAACUAAUUCAAUUUUUGUGUCUAUCUUCGAAUUCUGUUGUACAAGAAUGUCUUAGACGAUUAUGUAUACAACUGAUAGAUUUAGGAGCCAAAUUAGCCAAACAUAUUGUCAAAAUAUUGUUGGAUGUUUUGUUGUCUUUAUUAAAAUAUGAUUCAGAAAAACAACCCAUAUUUACACAAGAUGUUAGUCGUCUGUUAAUGUUCAUUGCCUCAAUAACAUCGAGUCGAGCGUCAAAAUGUGCCUUAUUAACAUUAUUACACUCAAAUGCUGAUGAAAAAUAUAAAAUUCUCUUUCAAGAUUUAUUGUCCAAUUUACAUACACGUUCAGAUAUUGUUACCGACAUUUGUGUUGGUCAAGAAGCAACAUUGUCCAUAAUUCAAAAUUUAUGUGAAAUUAAUCUUUGUUUAUCCUAUUACAAAGAUGAUUUGUUACAAACCAUGGCAAAUUCAUUACCACAAUCUACUCUAUUAAAUCAAAUUUUGAUAAAUUUAAUUAAACUUAUUAGUUCACCAAGACAAAUAUGGACACAAACAACGUUGGCAUUAAGAAUACUAAUUACAUUAUGUGAACAUGAUUAUGGACUACAUCGAAUAAAAAAAGCAUUAACAGGAGAUAAUAUAAAUUCAAUUUGUACAUUAAUAUCAGAAUUUGAUUUACGAUUUGAUAAAGAACAACCAGAUUAUUUGGAUGCUGUAUCAGCAUUAAUGGCAUUUUUAAGAACAUUAGCAACCACAGAUAUCAUUCCAGAAUAUGAAAUGAAAAAUUUUACACGUAAAGAAUGUUUACCAUUGUCAAUGUUUCGUGAAUUACUUGGUGUUUCAUUAACGUCAACAGUCAAUGAUGAAAGUCAUUUAGAAAAAUUUAUUGAAUUAAUUAAUGCUGUUGUUACGGAUGAAAGCGCCCAAAAUGAUGAAAUUAAAGCUGUCGAAGAUGAAGAUCAACAAUGUUUAUUAAGUUUACAAAAAAUUGUUGAACGAGCAAAAGAAAUAAUUAAAUUAUUGAAAACUGAUAUUGAAGCAGAAGAGACAGCAGAACCCAUGUCAAAUGAGAUAAAAGUACAAGAAGAAGUAGAUGAUGAGAUGAAUGCUGUUGAAUUACCGAGACCCGAGACAUUAGAACAACAAUUUCAAAAACGUCUGGUGUAUGUAAUUGAUCAAGAAUUAACAGAUGAUCAUCGAACAACAGAACAAUAUUGGUUUGGAAUACCCACUAUUUUAGAUGAUGCCGAAGAGGUAGCAAAUGAUGAAACAGAUGAGACUCAAAUACAAGAUAAAGUCAAAUGUGAUCUGGAGGAUUUAAUUGGAAAAUAUUGUGGUACAUUUAACUUUUUUGAUGAAUAUAAAAAAGAAGUUGUGGACAAAGUGGUGAAAAAAAGACGUACAACAAAAAAACGUGAUGAAAAGGAAAUAAUAAUAACAACAACGGCAACAAAAUCAGCUCCUUAUAAAGCACCGAUGCGUGGUAGUCGUUUUAGACGUGGUGUACCCUAUUCGGGUAGUCAACGUCGUCAAGAUCAUUUUCGUUCACGUCCACCAAAUACAAGUCGGCCACCAUCAAUGCAUGUUGAUGAAUUUGAACGACAAAAAGAUCAAAAUCAAAAUAGUAUGAUGAUGAAUGAAUAUGGUGGAGGAAACAAUAGUGGUGGAGGAAAUCAAAAUGGAAAUAAUAGCGGUAAUGGAACAAACGAUAAUGAUCAAAAUGGAGGACAAGGAAGUGGAAGUCAAAAGACUGAACAAAUGGGAUCUGAGAGGUUUCACUCAUCACCGUCAUUUCGACGUCAUCAACCUCCGUACGGUGCGUAUAAUCAACCUCAACCUCAGCAGCAGCAGCAACAGCAGCAGCAACAACAACAACAACAACAGCAGCAACGCUAUCAAAAUUUUACACCUCCAUCACAUCAACAUCAACAAAAUUAUUAUCCAUUUGAUCAAUCGAGACCAGAGCCCUAUCGUUCAAAUAUGAAUAAUCGUGACCGUGGACAGAACAAUCUCUUUUGUAUCAAUAAUAACAAUGAUUUACGAUGGCAACGUCGUGGUGUGAUUAGUUCACGAGCAAGCUCAAAUUAUCGUUAUUCAUCAUUUUCACCAGCUAGUAUUGGUUAUGCAAGUAGCAGUUUUGGUUCUUCACUACGAGACCGUCAACCCUAUAGUCAUCCAUCGUCUCGCUAUGGUAUUCUCGAUAUGGAAUCAAAUUAUUUUGGUGCCGAUGAACAAAUCGACGAUCGUGCAUAUGAUUAUUUUCCAUUAAAUAUACCAUUUGAUCCAGUCCGAUAUCGUAGUCAUUUUAGUCGUAAUACCUAUGAUUCAAAUUUAUCUGGUUUUCCACAUUAA